CAGAACCCAUACCGGUUGAUCAAAACAACCAGUUUACAAAAUCCAAGCUUUGGAAUAAUCUUUCCUGAUUCCCAACAGCCAUUCCAAGCCAUAUGGUUCAUACAUUCUGAAGGCCAUGCAAGGACAGCGGGAUAUGCUCAGAGAAAAGCAGGCCACUCGGAUAUUUUUUGGAUAAUGUACUUGCUGGAUUUGUAGGUUGGAGCUUUAGAGGCUGUAUUUCGGAACCCAGGACUGGUUUUUGCUUUAUUUGCUAAGGCAACUCAGGAAUCAUCUAAAAAGAGUUGAUUUUUUGGUCAUGGGUGUGCUGAGUGAGGGCCUUACACAGGUUCUGAUACCUGUGGCUGCCUUGAUCGGGCUUGCGUUUGCUUUGCUUCAGUGGUACUUGGUCUCAAAGGUCAGGGUUUCUGGCCACUCUGGUGGUCAUAAUGAGUAUAAGGACAGGCUGAUUGAAGGAGAGUUUGAGGAGGGUGUUGACGCUCUUGAGGUUUCCAUCAAGUGUGCUGAGAUUCAGCAUGCCAUAUCUGUUGGGGCGACCUCAUUUCUGUUUACAGAGUACAGAUAUCUUAGUAUCUUCACGGGGGUAUUCAGUGUCAUCAUUUUCCUCUUCCUUGGUUCAGUUAAGGGUUUCAGCGCCAAAAGUGAGCCUUGCACUUACAACACAGGGAAUAUUUGUAAACCAGCUUUGGCUAAUGCCCUCUUUACCACCAUUGCAUUCUUGCUUGGGGCUAUUACCUCCGUUCUUUCUGGUUUCCUUGGGAUGAAGAUUGCUACCUAUGCCAAUGCUAGAACCACUCUACAAGCAAGGUAUGGUGUUGGUAAGGCAUUCAUUACAGCUUUUCGAUCUGGUGCUGUGAUGGGUUUCCUUCUUGCUGCCAAUGGCCUUUUGGUGCUGUGGGUCUCGAUCAAUCUAUUCAAGUUGUAUUAUGGGGAUGACUGGGAGGGACUUUAUGAAUCUAUCACUGGUUAUGGACUUGGAGGUUCUUCAAUGGCACUUUUUGGAAGAGUUGGUGGAGGUAUAUAUACAAAAGCAGCUGAUGUUGGCGCUGACCUUGUUGGAAAAGUUGAGAAGAAUAUCCCCGAAGAUGAUCCACGUAACCCAGCUGUAAUUGCGGACAAUGUGGGUGACAAUGUAGGAGACAUUGCUGGAAUGGGUUCUGACCUGUUUGGAUCUUAUGCCGAAUCAUCUUGUGCAGCACUCUUUGUUGCUUCAAUAUCAUCUUUCGGUGUCAGCCAUGACUACACGGCCAUGUCUUACCCUCUGAUUAUAAGCUCAAUGGGGAUUGUGGUUUGCUUAAUAACAACACUUUUUGCAACUGAUAUAUUUGAGGUUAAGAAUGUGAGUGAUAUUGAACCAUCCUUGAAGAGGCAACUUCUUAUCUCAACUGUCUUGAUGACCGCUGGUAUUGCCACGGUCACCUUCUUUGCUUUGCCAUCAGAAUUUACUCUGUUUAAUUUUGGGACUGACAAGGUUGUCAAGAACUGGCACCUUUUCUUCUGUGUUGCAAUUGGCUUGUGGGCUGGACUUGCUAUUGGGUACACUACAGAAUAUUAUACUAGCAAUGCCUACAGUCCAGUGCGCGAUGUGGCAGAUUCUUGCAGGACAGGUGCUGCUACAAACGUGAUUUUUGGCUUGGCUCUUGGAUACAAAUCUGUCAUCAUUCCCAUCUUCUCAAUUGCCAUUGCCAUUUAUGUGAGCUUUAGCUUGGCUGCAAUGUAUGGAGUUUCUGUGGCUGCUUUAGGAAUGCUCAGCACAAUCGCCACUGGUCUAGCAAUUGAUGCUUACGGCCCCAUAAGUGACAAUGCUGGUGGAAUUGCAGAAAUGGCGGGUAUGAGCCAUGAGAUACGUGAAAGAACAGAUGCUUUAGAUGCUGCUGGCAAUACUACUGCUGCAAUUGGCAAGGGUUUUGCAAUUGGAUCAGCUGCUCUUGUUUCCCUAGCUUUGUUUGGUGCCUUCGUGAGCAGGGCAGGCAUUAAGACCGUGGAUGUGCUGACUCCAAAAGUCUUCAUUGGGUUGAUUGUGGGAGCCAUGCUCCCAUACUGGUUUUCAGCCAUGACAAUGAAGAGUGUGGGAAGUGCAGCUCUCAAAAUGGUUGAAGAGGUCCGCCGGCAGUUCAAUACUAUUCCUGGCCUCAUGGAAGGAACAGCAAAACCAGACUACGCAACUUGUGUCAAGAUCUCAACUGAUGCUUCACUAAGGGAAAUGAUCCCACCUGGCGCUUUGGUGAUGCUCACGCCUCUAAUUGCUGGCACCUUCUUUGGAGUGGAGACUCUUGCUGGGGUUCUUGCUGGUUCUCUUGUUUCUGGUGUGCAGGUUGCCAUCUCAGCUUCCAACACAGGUGGUGCAUGGGAUAAUGCAAAGAAAUACAUAGAGGCCGGUGUUAGUGAACAUGCUAAAUCACUUGGUCCCAAGGGGUCAGACGCUCACAAGGCAGCCGUCAUAGGCGACACGAUUGGAGAUCCUCUCAAGGACACCUCUGGUCCUUCACUCAACAUCCUGAUCAAGCUCAUGGCAGUCGAAUCCUUGGUGUUUGCUCCAUUCUUUGCCACUCAUGGUGGCAUAAUCUUCAAAUGGCUUUAAAAUUUGGAGCUGUAAUAUGGUCAUCUAACUCUGGUGUGGAGACUCGAGCAGCAAACUUGAUGGAGUUCUCAUCGUAAUGAGUAGCUCCAAGAUGUAAAGAACAAAAUAAUGCGGCUUUACUUUAUAAACAAGUAUUCUGCAUGUAUAUCUUGUACUGAUUUUUGUUUCACUUUCUAGGCUGUUAUCAUAUCAUGUACCUCUGUAUUAACUUCAGUUUCACUCUUCAGACUCUCAUCUUUCCAACAUCGAAAUAUUCUUGAUUUUCGUUUGCUUA